AUGGCUCCGUUACGUGUUUUGAGUGAUUUCGAUGACUUUCAGAACUUUUCUACGCAACCGAGCGAGAAACAUCAUUUGCGACACAGAAAUCAUUCUCGGGAUCACUCGAGGAAUCACAUCGUAGAUGUGGUAUCGAAUUCUAUAAUGGAAGUUAUUAAUACGAGGUUUAUACCUGAUAACAGCGUUCUGCCGGAUCUGGAACCUUUGGCCACUCAUUUGGAUGAUAGGCCUUUGAGGUUUAAUAUAACUUUAAAUCGGUCGGACUUUGGUGAGAUGGAUAAUGAGUUCAUGUACAGACACAAUGGGGCCAUGACGGCGGUUUAUUGCGUGGCGUACUUGCUCGUGUUUGUCGUGGGCUUGAUUGGCAACUGCUUCGUGAUCGCGGUGGUGUACCGCUCGCCGCGGAUGAGGACUGUCACCAACUUCUUCAUUGUGAACCUGGCGGUCGCUGAUAUAUUGGUGAUCGUGUUUUGCCUGCCUGCUACGUUGAUGUCGAAUAUUUUUGUCCCGUGGGUGCUGGGGUGGCUGAUGUGCAAGACAGUGCCUUACGUGCAAGGACUCUCCGUGGCAGCCUCCGUGUACAGCCUCGUCGCGGUAUCACUCGAUAGAUUCCUCGCUAUCUGGUGGCCGUUGAAAUGCCAAAUCACCAAACGCCGCGCUCGUAUGAUGAUCGUCUUCAUCUGGAUAUUCGCGAUUCUCGUCACCACCCCCUGGGUCUUUUUCUUCGAUCUCGUUGUCGUCUUCGAUGACAACCCUCAUGUCCGACUCUGCUUGGACGUCUGGCCAAACCCGAUCAGCGAAGUUGUGUACUUCGUGAUAGGCAAUCUCAUAUUUUGUUACAUUCUACCCAUGGUCCUCAUCACAAUGUGCUACAUACUCAUCUGGAUCAAAGUAUGGAGAAGGUCCAUCCCCACCGACACCCAAGACGCACAGAUGGAGAGGAUGCAACAAAAGUCAAAGGUGAAAGUUGUAAAAAUGCUCGUUGUGGUAGUUAUCCUCUUUGUCUUAUCCUGGUUCCCUCUCUACUUGAUAUUCGCGCGGAUAAAGCUAGGCGGGCCAAUACAGAAAUGGGAGGAAGAGAUGUUCCCAGUUGUGACCCCUCUAGCACAGUGGCUUGGAUCUUCAAAUUCAUGCAUUAAUCCCGUUCUUUACGCCUUCUUCAACAAGAAAUACAGGAAGGGAUUCGUUGCUAUUAUAAAAAGCAGAAAAUGUUGCGGGAGACUCCGUUACUACGAAACGAUUGCUCUGCAGUCUUCGAGUACAUCGACGAGAAAGUCGUGGCAUUACAACAAUAAUAACCAUGCGUCUAUCACACGACGAUCGCCUCCGGUUGAUAAGAACGCUGUGUCUUUCAUCUUCAACCACACGGGAGUUUAA